AUGACUCGGUCUUCAGAAAGCAGAAAUUCUAAAAGCUACUCUUGCUUGACCUGUCGGCAGCGAAAGGUCAAAUGCGACCGGCGUGUUCCGUGUUGCAACUGCGUCAGGGCCGACAAGCAGUGCAGCUUCGUUCCCCCGGUGCGCGGGAAACGUAAAAGGACGAGACCUCCCCGAGAGGGUCUGCACGCCAAACUGGAACGGUAUGAGAAAUUGCUGAGUUUACACGGUAUCAAAUCUGAGCCAUCCGAUGAUCUCGAUGACUCCGACUCCGAAAGUGAUGCAUGCAUGGACGAGGAUGCCAACGCCGUCGACACCCCACAGUCCACGCUCGAGGAGACCAAACCAAAACUCAUCAUACGCGAAGGCGUAUCCAGAUACUUUGACAGUGCACCUUGGUCUAUUUUCGGCGGCGAGUUUCAGCAUCCAGAGGUCGGUGGACCUGUGGAUGAGUCGUUUUCCGACGAAAAUGCGUUGUUCUUCGGACAGAAUGAGAAAGUCGAGAAUCUCGCCAGCCUCCAUCCGUCUGUGCAGAUACUGCCAAAGCUAAGGGAUAUAUACGCCGAUCGGGUUGACCCUCUUGUUAAAAUCUUGCAUCUUCCGACAUUCUCGACUACGUUAGAGAAUGGACUGCGGCAUCCAGUAGAGCGAUCCAGAAGUCUAGAGGCUAUCAUGUUCGCUUUCUACCUGGCGGUCGUUAGUACUCUCAACGAUGUCGAGUGCCAGGAUCUGUUCGGACUCUCGGAAUCGGUCAUGUAUUCCCGCUAUAGACUCGCCACUCGUCUAGCUUUGAUCAAUGCUAGAUUGCUGUCGACUUCCAAUCUCAUGACUCUUCAGGCAUAUGUAUUGUUCAUGAUGUGCGUUCGAAAGAGUUACUCGUGCGACACCUUAUUUGUCUUGUCCGGCGUCGCCAUCCGGCUGGCACGCAAAAUGGGACUGCACCGCGAUGGCUCAUUUCUCGGACUUUCGCCAUUCGAGACAGAAAUGCGAAGACGAAUAUGGUGGCAUUUGGUCCAUGUGGACUUUCGGGUCGCCGAUGUGCUGGGGGCCAGACCGUCAAUGGAUAUUACCUGCGCGGACACCAAAACGCCACUCAAUGUCGAUGACGAGGAUCUGCAUCCAGACAUGACUGACCUGCCGCCUGAACGCAAUGGCAUCGCCCCUAUAUCCCUUUGCCUGAUCAGACACGAGAUCAUGGUCUCUUUGCAUGACUUCUCAACAUCUUCUCCUGCCGACAUGCGCUGGGAAGUACUACUGGGGCCCAAUGUCCCUCCCGCCAAAAAGGACCAUAUCAUCAGCCAAAUUGAGGAUCAUUUAGAACGAAAGUACUUGCGGUAUUGUGACCCGGCAAACCCGCUUCAUACUUUCGUAUCGAUCAUGAUCCGGUUCUCCAUAUGCAAGAUGAAGCUCGUUGCUCACAAUCCGCGCCAAUUCGCCAGGAUUCCCCCGAAAGAUCUCCAAAGAGAGCGCGACAUCGUAUUCGCCAACGCUACAAAGCUACUGGAAUAUGUAACCUUGGUGCAAGGCGGCCAUCACGGUUUGGAGAAAUAUACGUGGCAGAUCGGCACAAGCGCGCUGUGGAACGCAAUGCUUUACAUGCUUAUUGAAAUUCGACAUCGCAGAACGGGGCCGGAGGUGGACCGGUCCUGGCAGUUGAUCGGGCUCGUGUUCUCUUGUCCUCGGAUCUUUGGCAGAACCCCUGCACCGGUGGAUACGGUGCUUCGCAAGUGGACGCUGGAGGUUUGGGACCACUAUGUUGCCGCUUCGAGGGCUGAGGGGCUGCCGGAACCAUCGACGCCGGAGUACAUCGAUGCGAUCCGUGGUAGGAGCAGGUCAACAAGAGAUCCAACUCGAACCGAACCUCUGGCUGCGGAGCGUGGUUCUGUUAUUGAGAGUUCGCUCGGCUGCAACCAAAUACAAUCCAAUGGAUACGAAAGUCUUCCCGAUUUCGAAUCUCUUGAUUCUUGCGAGUUUCCUGAUAUCCUGUCUUUCGAGAUGGACCCGAAUGAAUGGGUACAGUGGGAGCAAUUGGUUGCGGAGGGAGGCCGCUCGUGA